AUGUCAAAUUUAAUUAUUCCAAAAUGCAAAAUUGUACUGAUUGGAGAUUAUUCUGUUGGAAAAAAAAGUAUAAUGUUUUCAUUUUCAGAACAACAAUUUACACAACCACAAAGCAAGUGUAACUAUCGUUCACGGAUAAUUGAGCUUGAUGGAGAAAAUAUCGAACUUCAAAUAUGGCAUGCAUGGAUGCUUUCUCUGGUCGCAACAGGUCGCCAGUAUACAUCUAUCAAAAAAAAAUAUUAUAAUGAUACACAUGGAAUAAUGCUUGUUUAUGAUGUAACAAAUGAAAAAAGUUUUGAAAAUUUAGAAUACUGGAUAAGCCAGAUUAAAGAUAAUGCUCCAGAAGAUGUUGUAAUAAUUCUUCUUGGUUCAAAAUGUGAUUUAAAAAGAAACAGAGAAGUACCAACAGAAAGAGCUGAAAAAUUUGCUGAUAAAUAUGGUAUUAAAUUUUUUGAAAUAUCAUCGAAAUUAAAUAUUAAUAUGGAAGAAGUUCUCAACUCAUUUGCGCGAGAUAUUUACACCAAGAUGAAAGAACAACUAGAGAUAUUAAAGACUUUGCAAAAUGACAGUAUUAUUCCCAAUCAACCAGAAAAAUUAAAAACUAAUUUUACAUCAAAUUGCACUAUUUUUUAAUAACAAACAAUU